GGGUGCCAGCCCCUGAGGGACUUUGGGUGGGAUUAGGAGAGCUUGGGUGCAUCCUUAAGUGACAGGUGGGUGGACCUUUCAUCUGAGGGAAAGGAAGAGGCACGUGGGCAGAUCAGCCUGGCACAUAAGGGUGCCCCUGAAGCAAUCACCCGGCAGAGAAGACAGAGGAACGGAAGGGAAGAUCAGAAAAGCAAGAAGAGCACAGACUGUGACACACUGGCCACUUGACCAGCUACUCACCCAAAUCGGAAGCAAAAUGUCCCUGAAGUUGCCAAGGACCUGGGACUUCAACUUGAAAGCUGAGGCCACGAAAAUAGCUCGGUCAAGGAGUGUGAUGACUGGGGAGCAGAUGGCGGCCUUUCACCCACCAGCCUCCCCCAACCCCCUGGAAAGGCCAAUUAAGAUGGGCUGGCUGAAGAAACAGAGGUCCAUCGUGAAAAACUGGCAACAGCGGUACUUUGUGCUGAGAGCUCAGCACCUCUACUACUACAAGGAUGAAGAGGACUCAAAGCCACAGGGCUGCAUGUAUCUGCCAGGCAGCACAGUCAAAGAACUGGCCACAAACCCCGAAGAAGCUGGGAAGUUUGUCUUUGAAGUUAUUCCAGCCUCAUGUGACCAGAACCGCAUGGGACAAGACUCCUACAUCCUCAUGGCCAGCUCCCAGGUAGAGAUGGAGGAGUGGGUUAAGUUCCUCAGGAGAGUUGCUGGCACACCCUCUGGAGCGGUGUUCGGCCAGCGGCUAGAUGAGACUGUGGCCUACGAGCAGAAGUUUGGCCCUCAUCUGGUGCCCAUCCUGGUGGAGAAGUGUGCAGAGUUCAUCCUGGAGCAUGGUGUGAGUGAAGAGGGCAUCUUCCGUCUCCCUGGGCAGGACAACUUAGUGAAGCAGCUGAGAGAUGCUUUCGAUGCAGGGGAACGGCCUUCUUUUGACAGGGACACAGAUGUGCACACGGUGGCCUCUCUAUUAAAGCUCUACCUCCGAGACCUCCCAGAGCCUGUGGUUCCCUGGAGCCAGUAUGAAGGCUUCCUUCUCUGUGGGCAGCUCAUGAAUGCCGAUGAGGCAAAGGCUCAGCAGGAGUUGGUGAAGCAACUUUCCAUCCUUCCUCGUGACAACUACAGUCUCCUGAGCUACAUCUGCAGAUUUUUGCAUGAAAUCCAGCUGAACUGUGCCAUCAACAAGAUGAGUGUGGACAACCUGGCCACUGUGAUUGGAGUGAACCUCAUCAGGUCAAAGGUUGAAGACCCAGCUGUGAUCAUGAGAGGGACUCCACAGAUCCAAAGAGUGAUGACGAUGAUGAUCAGGGACCAUGAAGUCCUCUUUCCCAAGUCUAAGGAUGUGCCACUGUCACCCCCUGUCCAGAAAAACGAUGCCAAGAAGGCUCCAGUGGCCCGGAGCUCUGUAGGGUGGGAUGCCACAGAAGAGUCGCCACUCUCUAGGACAGACAGCUUAAAUAACACGGCAAGUAGUCCUGAUGCCACCAGCCCCACCGGACCACAGCCAGGUGACCAGCAUCAGGAGGGCAGUGGGAAAGCCCCCAGGGAAAACCCAGGAGACUGGAAGGUGCAGUCUCGUAAAAGGACUCAAACUCUCCCCAACCGGAAGUGUUUCCUGACGUCAGCAUUCCAAGGUACCACUAGCAGCAAACUGGAAAUCUUUAAAAAUGAAUUCUGGUCUCCAUCUUCAGAGGCUAAGACAGGGGAAGGACACAGGAGAACUAUGUCUCAAGACUUGCGCCACCUUUCCAAUGACCAGCGGACUUCUACCUACGAUAAUGUCCCUGCUCCACUGGUGCCCCCAGGGAGUCCAGCAGGUGUACUCUCUCCUCCUGCCUGUGACUCCAAGAGAGACCUUCUUGGCAGCAGGGAUUGUGAAAUAGAGUCUGGAAGCAAGAGUUCUGGAGAGGAAGAUCUUGACUCUUUGCAGAGGAUGGUACAGCAUCUACAAAAGGAGAUAGAAACCCAAAAGCACAUGUAUGAGGGACAGAUUAAAAACCUGGAGAAGGAAAACUACGAUGUCUGGGCUAAGGUGGUGAAGCUCAAUGAAGAGCUGGAGAUGGAGAAGAAGAAGUUUGCAGCCCUGGAAAUCAGCCUUCGAAAUAUGGAGCGUUCCCGGGAGGAUGUUGAGAGGAGGAACAAAGUCUUGGAAGAAGAAGUCAGGGAGUUUGUGAAGUCAAUGAAGAAGGCCGAGACAAAGACUGAGGCUUGAGGCUCUGAGAUAUGUGGCAGGGACAGUCAACCUGACUCCAUUUCUCCAUUCUCCUGACACCUGGGAAGCAGGAUCACCUCCUGAUGUCUAAGGGGAAGCGCUGCAAUUCUCAACAAACAAACAGAAGAUGGGGUGAGCAGGAGCACACCAGGGCACUUGUGACCAUGUGCUGUACUCAAGGGACUGUUAUUCUGCUGUGGGAAGAGUGAACUGGAAUCUUCAUGCAUGGCUAGGUCCAAAGGAGACAUUUAAGGUGUGUGACAUCUCAGGAUCCCAGGCCAGAAGUAGGCCAAGGCCUCAGGUCUUUGUUUUCUUUGUGGUUAAUGUGCCUGGUCAGAUGACUGGUCAGCUCUGAGACAUGUGCAGAGCAGGACACUUAAUUCUCAAGUACUAACCCAAUGAGGACUCUUAGGGGAGGCUGAACUGUUGGAACCAGAAUCAAAAUGAUGAGGUGUAUUUAUGAAAACAAAAUUGGUGAGAAAUUUAUGUUCAAAUAAAAAAAAAGGAAAAC